AUGACCACACCACAACCGUCUUCAUCAUUUGGAAUCCUGUCGAUGGAUUUAUUGAUCUCUCACAUAUUUCCUAAUUUCAGUUGGAAUUGGCUUUUCAGUGUGGCGAGACUCGUUUCAAAAGAAUGGAAUGAAGUCAUCACAUCACCUGAUAUUAAUAUUUGUAUUGAAAGCCCAUUAAUCAUAAAUAGUUUAACAAUGAGUGAUGAGAGAAGAAAAGUCUUCAUUCAACAAUGUGCCAAUCAUAAUUUUAGAUCAAUAACAGGAUUAUUAUUUAAAGGAUUGGAAAUUUCUGUUUUUGAGGAUACAGCACGAGAGGCCCAUCCAAAGUUCAGAAAUUCAAAAUUUAAUUUAUUUUCAUAUUUUCCAAAAUUGCAACGAGUAACGAUUGAAUCUGUCUAUGCUUAUGAAAAGGUGUUGCAUUAUAUGGCAAAAGGAAAUUUGAAAUAUUUGAAAAAGUUUGAAAUUUAUUCCAACCGAAUGUCCUCAAGGGACAUGCAAGAGUUUAACAGCUUUAAUUUGCACGUUUUUCAAUCGUUGACAAUGGUUCGUUGUGAUGUAGAUGAAACAACGUGUUUGGAAUUAUUUAAAAACAAUUUCGAACAUUUAACAGAACUAAAUCUCUAUGGAAAUGCAGUGAAACAAGCGGGAUGUCAAAAAAUAUCAGAAUUGAACAAUGUAACCACGUUAAAUCUUUGUUAUAACCCGAUUGGACCCAUUGGAUGUCUUCAUCUUUCUGGAAUGAGAAAAUUACGUAAAUUGUUUUUGAAAGGUUGCUCCAUUGGUAGUCAAGGAUGUGAAUAUUUGAGAAUAUUGGCAGAAAUGUCGCCACUCACUGAAUUAGAUGUAUCAAGUAAUGAAAUUGAUAUGCAUGGAUGUCAACAUCUCAAUGGUUUUAAAAAUUUGACAAUUCUCGACAUUUCAAACAACAAAAUUGGAGGGGAAGGUCUUAUUAGGCUUUUUGAGAAUUCAUCUCUCCCAAGGAUCACAGAUUUGAACAUUUCGAGGUGUGAAAUUUCGGAUUUCAUUGAGAAAUUUGCUACACAUGCUCCUCAACAUUUACUUCGAUUGAACCUCAUGUCCAACAGUCUUCGGGAAAUUACUUCACUCUGUCAGGAAAAGUUUGCAUCCUUGUCCUACUUGAACUUGAGUGUGAAUGAAUUAUCAUUGAACGCCUGUAAAGAUAUUUCAACAUGCAAACACUUCUCCAAGUUGACCUAUCUGGACAUGUCCUUCAAUCAAGUUCAUGCGUUAGGUUGCCAUGUGUUAUCUCAAAAUCAUCUAUCCAACCUCAAAACCUUAAUUCUUUCACACGACAAAAUUACUGGAGAAGGAUGUAAAAACCUAUCGAACGGCUGCUUUAAAAGUCUUCAAACACUAAUUCUUGAAGGCAACUCAAUUUCAGAUGAAGGUUGUCAAUUUCUAGCUAGUGGUGGUACUUUCCCCUCUCUUACUCAACUUAAUCUAUCUCUCAAUCACAUUACAUCCAAUGGAUGUAUGUACUUUAAGGAUAGCAACACGUUUCCUCGACUCAAAACGAUCACACUCUCCGAUAAUGAAAUUACUGACGAUGGAUGCAAACAUCUUGCUGAAGCAGAGUGGAACAAGUCUGAAAUAGAGCUCAUUCUGAGUGGUAAUCACAUUACUUAUCAGGGCCAUCAAGUGUUAUGUAAGGCCAAUUAUGCAAAAAUAUACACUGGAAUUUCGACCAACAACGUGACUGAAGAGGGUCGUUCGAGAAGAUUCCUUUGCUUGCAAAUGUAA